AUGGCGACCCCAUCUUUCACUCAUCUUUUCUCUUUCCCUGAAGAAAUCAUCGACAUAUUAUGCCAGCAGCUCUGUCCCCACUGCAGCGAGAGAGCCUCUCCUCGACACUUCUUUCGCUACGAAGAGCGGAAACCGGCUCAUGACAGAAACUGUCUAUUGGCAUUAUCUCUGUCAUGCAAGGAACUGAGGCGUAUAUCGCAGCCGCACUUGUAUCAUCGACCGAUGGGACAUGGUUUCUUUGGUUUCAUCGACACCAUUGCUGGAACACCCGCUCUUGGUCGACAUGUCAAGGAGCUCUGUCUGAACGAGCACAUGAUCCGGUGUUUGCUUCCUAAAUAUGAUGACCAAGUUAAAUUUCUUGCACAGUGCAAUAAACGGUACUGCACUCAUCUUUGCGAACCUGCCCAGACAAACCAAACGGCUCCGGUUGACCAAUUCAGGAAUGCAACGGAAUAUUUUGGAGAAAGGAGACGAACAGUUGGGAAUGCCAUCAAUUGCCUCAUGUCUGUUGCUGUCUCUUUAACACCAAUGCUCAACAAGCUUGAAAUUCAUCUCGAGUCCGACUGGAAACUCUCUUCGAUCCCGUCUGGAUGUCUUCCGAAUUUGAAGAAACUCACUAUAACCGUCUCAUGGAGUUUCCCGACUGACGACCUUGACGUACGGGAUGCGACAAAAAAGCCAAAGACGAGUUUUUGCCACGACACUGUCAAUGAAAUUACACUGAGAUCAUGCAUGCUUCACAUCACUCAGCUGGAGGCCAUCAUGCGUGGUUUCCCAAAACUACAAACUUUCCGGAUCGGUGCACCAAAUCAUUGUAAACGCGCUGAUACCCGAAGUCAAGACAUAGCUCUCCUGUACAGAAUUGAGGAUCUUUUGAUGCUGAGAAGCGACACGCUCAAACACCUUACACUCGACUUUCCUGGCAUUCACCUCGAUCACCCAGGUGAAAUAGUGCUCCAAGAUCUCUCAGGAAUGAAAGUCCUUGAGACGCUGUACAUAGACAGCGGCAUGCUGCAUCGCCGAUGGCAGGGCCAUCGGCCUGGACGAAGGAUUUGCCAAUUGCUUCCAACAUCCAUUAAGGAGUUCGGUCUAAUGGGGAGCGCAUAUCCGCUGGUACAUGACGAGGUUUUGGAGUCAAUCAAUAUCUCGGCCUCGGUAUUUCCUCUCCUGAAAAAGGUAGUUGUUGCGGAGUUUGGGAAAAAAUGGCUAGUUGAUGGGGAUAAAUGGGAACGGAUGUUUGCGUCGGCUUGUGAAGCUCACAACCUAGAACUUUCGUCGGAAAUGCCUCAAAGCUCACAGGGUUUGGCGCUCCCGGAGCCGUAUAGGGAUUAA